AUGGAGAGAGGGAGUGAAGUAAAAGCUUCUAAAUUCAAGAGGAUUUGUGUGUUUUGUGGGAGCAGCCAAGGCAAGAAAAGUAGCUACAAAGAAGCAGCUAUUGAGCUGGGCAAAGUUUUGGUUUUUAAAAAUAUUGAUUUGGUAUAUGGAGGAGGCAGCAUAGGCUUGAUGGGUUUAAUUUCACAAGCUGUUCAUAAUGGUGGUCGCCAUUUAACCGGUGAAACAAUAGGGGAAGUGAAAGCAGUAGAAGAUAUGCACCAAAGAAAAGCUGAGAUGGCUAAGCAUUCAGAUGCUUUUAUUGCAUUACCAGGAGGCUAUGGAACUCUUGAGGAAUUGCUGGAAGUCAUAACUUGGGCCCAACUCGGUAUCCAUGAUAAACCGGUGGGUUUGCUAAACGUGGAUGGAUUUUACAACUCGUUGCUAUCAUUCAUAGACAAAGCAGUUGAAGAAGGAUUCAUUAAUCCAAAUGCUCGCCACAUAAUAGUAUCUGCCCAAACACCUAAGGAGCUAAUGAUAAAAUUAGAGGAAUAUGAGCCUCGCCAUGAGAGAGUGGCUUCAAAGCUGAGCUGGGAAAUUGAGCAGCAGCUUGGCUAUAGCCAGAAUUUCGAUAUUUCCAGAUAA